AUGUCAGCACGAAGCGCAUAUGCGCGCAAGAAAACAACACAGGCAAAGGGCAAGGACCCAGUAAAACAUGGAAGAGCUCAAUCUAUAGCCACGUCUUCAAGUGGUGAUAGCAUUUAUGUCGACAAUUCUAUGCCACCAGGUGGUCCCCUCAUGUCUCCUCGCUAUCAACCACCAAUGCCACAAUAUGCCAUGUCAAUCGCAAGCAGAAGCAAACCAAUGACAGCACCAGAUUGGAAUAGAGACGCAUAUCUGAGUAACCAGCUUGCUUCACCGACAGAGGAUUGGGUUCAUGGGAGGACAAGGAGAGCAACGAUGCCAGAGGAAUACAGCACCAUCGAGAAGAGUGGACUACGAUCAAUAAUUGACAAGCGAAGCGAUGAUGUACGCAAAACUAUAGCAAAGACCUUUACCUUUCGCAAGAAGGAAAAGGAGGAGGAACCACUGGACCAAGACGAUGAAUCAAGUCGACCAAGUGCCGAUACUUUACAACCCAGAAUCAUUCCUAGUCCUGGACCCAGUCCAACCGAGAGCCGUGGUUGGGACAUACAAUCUACAUCGCGAACAGAAUCACGUCUGGCGUCUGUAUCUUCGUCAACGCCUUCUCAGUAUCUUCUUUCACCAUCGCCACGGUCACAAAUCUCGUGCAAUAUACCACUCGCAGGGCCACCUCCAACCGGCAAGUUACCACCGAUACCUCCAACUCCUCCUGCGUCGGCACCGCAGAUAAAACGUUGGUGUGGCGGACGGAAGCCCAUAACCAAGUGGAAUAAGCUUAGGAAAGAUCCGGAAUUAUGGGAUCCAAAUGGAGAUGUUCUCAUUUAUCUUGGACGCAAAGGACAGAACUUGCCUACGAUGCGUAUAUCAUCUUUUGUCAUCGAAGCAACCAACAGCCGAUAUCUCCUCUCGCUUCUCAACGAAGGUUCACUUGAGGGACAAGAGGAUUCACCCCGAUCUCCUACGAGUGAGAGUUACGGAGGAAACUUGGGACAUGAGCUUAGAGAUGGGCCACUUACACCUCCUGCUUCUCAACGUACCAGCGUUGGAGAUAUGGGAGGACAAAUAUUGUAUAGGAUGCAUUUCCCGCCACCACAGAACGUCAAGAGCAUCGAUCAGCUGCGCCAUCAGAUAACAACUCGCAACUUCUUUGCGCUACUACUCAACGCCUCGAUAGUAGGCAUGUCGCUGCACGAGGCUCUAUCAGAUCUUCACAUGCGACUCGAUAGCUACAUGCCCCCAAACAAUGACAAUGUCAGCCAGAUAGUGCGCUACAUCUACAACCGAGACCUCGACGAUGUACGAAACAACCCUUCAGUUGCAUUGUCGCUGUUGAUGUGGGCGGAGGAACCGGACGUCAAGUGGGAAGAAGGGUGGAGAGGAUGUUUCACGCAUUGCGUGGGCAUGCAUGAUCUUGUACAGAAAUACAAGGACUUCAAGCGUGUCUCUCCAAACACGAGGCAGUUGAUGGAGACGGCCAGUAAGGAGAUGUUUGGUCGCGUUCAGGCAGCCGAAGACCGUCUUGCCGGCUUCAGAUACCAGGAUAUCUACAUGUUCACCCCGGACACUGUCUCAGAGAUGAGGGCGAUUGUUAGACUGCAGGAUAUGUUUCUGCAGCACUUUGAGCACGAGUAUGGAUCUUGGCCUCCCUCGCCACCAACAAAAUCAGACAGUCGAUCGGGUCGGCCAAGUGAUGUCGCUGAACCAGACAGAUGGUUGACUCGGACAUUGGCGAUGAAGUUGCAAAGAGACUUUGGCGCGCUGUAUGAUUGUCUUGUGGAUCGCGACAUUGUCUGGGGUGUCUUGGAAAUGCAGUCACGGAGUAUACUCACAUUAGCGUCCAAGACGAUCAACAGCGCUAUCAAACCAGACAUAGAAUGCAUGCCCAUGACAGAUAUGCUCAUCGAGUUUGAUAAGAAGUAUCGCUUCCCUCAUAUCCCCCACCCAUAUCCUCUAUUGCCUGGAUCAAGAGGUUCAUCUCGAAGAAACGACCAGAAGAAACGGGCUGAUUACAUGGACACGCUUGAGAGGAGGAUAAGGCUUGCCUAUGCGGAGAGCUACAACGCAAACGAGAUGGAUGCCCGAUCUGGUCCCAAUAAGCUUGUCCAGGCAUUUGAGCGCUUUGAGAAGACGGAUGAUAUUGGCGACAUGAACCCCGCCACGGCACGACGGAGUCGAUGGAUUCUCAUCUACAGCAUCCUGCAAUCACUAGCUUCUGUAUUUGUAGACGACGAGAGGGUGCAAUACAGUGACAAGGUCGACUAUCACUUGAGUCCAAGGCUCGAGGGAGCAAAGAUACCACCAUGGAAGCGCGGGGCAAGCGAGAACAUAGGAGAUGGAGCGCACCAAAGAUCGUAUUGCUGGACUGAAGAGAGAAAACAAAAAGAAGGGAGCUAUGAAUACGAUGAUGAUGUUGACCUGAGUCUCAUGACUGACUUGGAUCUUCCUAUUCAGCUGAACACGGACGGAGCGGUCGGAGGCCGGAGCACGGAGAUUGGUGGGUCCAACGGCACGGACAUGGACAUGGACACGGGUCCGGGGUUCAGUCCAGCGCUGAGAGAGAGAACCAGAAUACGGAGAGGCCGAGAUAGUGAGAGUCCUGUAGUGACGGACUACCUGUAUACUUAA